GGCGGACGGGCCAGGACGCGAGCAUAACCCCGCCUCGCGCCACGCCAGCAACCGCAGGCCGCGCCCUGCCGGGUUCGAGGGGGCGCGCGCUGCCUGGCCGCCUCCGGGGCGGGGCGGAACCUGCGGCAGCGGCGUGAGGCGUCCCGCUGGCGCGGGCCGGUGGUAACGGCAGCGACCGCCGUCCUUCGCAGCCCUCCCGCCUCGCUCCCUCCGCCUGCCGUCCGGCGCCAUGUGCGAGCCCAGCAAGCAGGACAUUGCCGCCAUCUUCAAGCGGCUCCGUUCCGUCCCCACCAACAAGGUAUGUUUUGACUGUGGAGCAAAGAACCCUAGCUGGGCAAGCAUAACAUAUGGAGUUUUCCUCUGUAUUGAUUGUUCAGGGACCCAUCGAUCACUUGGUGUUCAUUUGAGUUUCAUUAGAUCUACAGAACUGGAUUCCAAUUGGUCUUGGUUUCAGCUGAGAUGCAUGCAAGUUGGAGGAAAUGCAAAUGCUUCUGCUUUUUUCCAUCAACAUGGAUGCACAACAAAUGAUACUAAUGCAAAGUAUAACAGUCGUGGUGCUCAGCUUUACAAGGAGAAGAUUAAAUCUCUUGCAACACAGGCAACAAGAAAGCAUGGUACUGAUCUGUGGACAGAUGGAUGUGGAAUGCCACCUGUGUCACCUCAAAACAAAGAGGAAGACUUUUUUGCGUCCCAUGUUUCUCCCAAGGCAAAGAAUACACAGUGGGUGGUAUCAGAGCCAGUUUCCGUACAGCAGAAUACUUCAGAAAAUAUUCCGGAAUGCUAUGAAGGACCAGUACAUGGACCAAGUCUUGAUUGCCUUAGCACAUCACCAAAAGCUGCAUUAGAGAGCACCACCUUCAUAAAAAAGAAGUCAAAUCAAGCUAAGAAGGGGCUUGGUGCCAAAAAAGGUGGAUUGGGGGCACAAAAAGUGAGCAGCCAAAGCUUUAAUGAGAUAGAAAAACAAGCGCAAGCUGUAGAUAAAAUGAAGGAACAAGAGGAACAUCAUAGCAGUAAGACAACUGAGAAGGAAGAGCCACUUGUAUCAUCUUUACGGUUGGCCUACAGAGAUCUUGAUAUUAAAACAAAAGAAGAGAAGUUUAAUCUAUCUGGUAAGAAGAAAAGUGAAUUGGAGAGACUUGGCAUGGGGUUUAGCAGCACCCGAAGUGGCAUUUCUCACUCAAUCACCUCAGAUAUGCAAACAAUAGAGCAGGAAACACCUUCAAUUGCAAAGCAGAAGAAAAAGUACACCGACGAUGUAGAAGACUCAUAUUUCUCUUCUAGUUCACGGUACUAUGAUUCUUCAGAUUUGAGGAGCAGUACUUUCUCUAAAUGGGAUGACACUACGGAUUCUUUUAGGAAGAAAGAAAAUAACAGUAGAGAUGUUGAUGUAAUGUUAACUUCAAAAAGUACAGGAUUUUCAGACAGGCCUACAUCUCGUCGUAAGCCUGAAUAUGAACCAUCUUUAAACACAGAUGAGGCACAAAAAAAAUUUGGCAACGUAAAAGCAAUUUCAUCAGACAUGUAUUUUGGAAGGCAAGAUCAUGCUGAUUAUGAAGCAAGGGCUCGACUAGAAAGAUUUUCUGGAAGCUCAUCUAUAAGUUCAGCUGACUUGUUUGAAGAUCAGAAAAAACAACCAACAGGCAGCUACAAUAUUACAAAUGUCUUGCCUUCAGCUCCUGAUGUAGCUCAGUUUAAACAAGGAGUGAAAUCCGUGGCUGGAAAACUUUCCGUACUUGCUAAUGGAGUCAUGACAACUAUACAGGAUCGGUAUGGUUCAUAAUGUCUUUUGUAUCAACAUAAUUAAGUACCUUAAAGAAGGAUUUUUCUUCAGAUAUACAAGUAAUCAUAUUGCUGAUUCGAAUGAAGGUUGCCUUAAGACUGUUGAUGUUUUUAAAUGUCCCAGCAUAUUUGUUUACUUGUGCAGCUUUCUGGCUCAGCCUCUUCUUACUGCUCUUUAUCUUUACAGAGCGGAAAUCUUGUAGCAACUUGUUACAUUGCAUAUGCUUUUCUUUUUUUUACUCCCCUUUACAGUCUCCUGUUUCUUAGCGACCUUAAUUUUAGAUGUUGGAAGUUUAUUUUAUUACUGGUUUUGGCUGUGAGGCAUGAAGGAGAAAGAAGGAUGAACCAUACAUUGGAAAUGAGGCUUCCUAAUAGAAACCUGUGUGCAGUUGCAUCCUUACUCACCAGACAUAACUUGUCUUAUGACAGUUUUACGAGCUAUGGAGAAGAUUUAAAUUAAGCAUUUACUGAGGUGGUAUUUAGUGGACUGUAGCCACAUAUAGAACUAAGUUAAACCUGCUCUUAUCAGGAAGUAGAAGCUCUUGCAGUCAUAAAUUGAUGUGCAUUAAAAUGAUGGGGAAUUGGUAUUUUAAAACAGUAUUCCUGCUAGAAAAUUGUAUGUUUAGAUGUGAGGUAUGGAGAAGACAAGACACAUGGUAUAUUGAAUAGUGGAUUUCAUCUUGUCAUGGGAACAAUCUAUUUAUUCCUAAUUUUGAAAAUUAAAAAAAAAUUGCAAUAUAGAAUCCUUAAGUGCUUUUUAAAAAUCUGUAUUGUGUACAAAUUGAAAAAAACCUAAAAUAUAUAAAGGGCCUAAUAGUGCAGUUAAUUAAAUACUUGUUAAAAAUGUUUAGAACAAUCGUAGCUUUUUGAUAACUUAUGCAAUGUUGAAUGAAGAAAUAUAGUGUGGCUGUGUUUUAGACAGUCUAGAAUUGAUUGUUCAUGAUAUCCUGUAUAAAAACAAUUAUGAGUGAAGAAAAAACCCUCACAACCAAGAAUGAGCUCAAGUUAAUUCUGUUCUGUAACUUUAUUUCUUAAUUCAAAUUUGUAAACUGCUGAUAUCUAAUAAAAACAGUUGAUAUAAACUCAUAUUUUAAUUAAAUUUCUAUGUGCAGACACUAGUCUCCAGCUUUCUAAAUACUGCCGUCUGUAUUCUGUCUGUACAAUGACCUGGUAAAAUUAGCCUUUCAUUUCAAUUAGUGAAACUAGCUUUCUCAUUAAAUUGCUACAGUGAUUUAAAAAUCAAAACAGGCUGGGAUAGAAAAAUAGGCUACUGUAUUAAAAUACUGUGGUGAAAUACAGUUAAUAUAGUAUAGCUGUAUUUGUUUUUUAAUUUCUAGCUGCCUUUUGCAUCUAACUCUUACUUCUGGUAAUUUUCUCUCAUGGCUGUUGUGUUUAAAUUUAUUAAUCCAAAAAUGAUCUUUCAUUUUUGAGAGUAGAUGAGCAUUUUUCCUGCUUAACUGUAGAGCUUUACAAUAGAAGACUUGCUUUGUUUUUUCCUUUUUUCCUUUCCCACCCUACAGAGAGGAUUUUGCUCAUAUAACAAGAAAAUGUUACUGAUCAGGGCUUGCUUUGGUUUUCUGUAAUUUCAGGUAACGAUUCUCAGUUUUCAAACUAGUCUUUCAGUUCAGUCUACACACAGUAGUAAAUUUAUUACAAGUAAUAAGUGGUCUGAUUUUCAGAGUUGCAAUAGACCUUGCAGAAGACCUGCUCCUCUGAUAACUAGGCUGCGUAUUUAGACAUUUAUGUAUGGAUGCAGUUGCUUAAAUUAAGGCAUUGGAGUAUAACAAAAGGUAGUUCUGUCCCUUCUUGUGAUUUCUCAUAAAUAACAAUGUAAGUGAGAUCGCCUACACUGAAAUAAUUGUGUGUAAUUUUUGUGCAUCAUUGUAAUACAGCAAACCACUCACAGAUGGAAAAAUAUGAAAAAAAUGAUAUUUUUAGUACAAAAUAAGAAGAAAUUCUUGGAGGGAAAACAACUAUGGGGUUAUCUUAAAUACCAUAAAAUACGUGCAACUCUCUAGCAGAUGUAUAAGCUUUUUCCUCUUUGCUGCAGUCUGAAGAUUACACCACAAAGUUCUUUUACGGGUGAACAACAAUGCAAUAUUUUCAGGAAUAUUGUGCAGUUCAACAUAAAUUGGAUUUGUUGUUGCAGAUUCUCUGUGGCAACCUGUGUACCACUAAUACAUUGUCUUGAAGAUCUCUUGCUGUAAUGGCUGGAUGAAUAACUCUUGACCUUCAAUAUGCCUGUUUGUGUCUUCGAUAAAGAUACAUGAGGUGUCACUAUGUUUCAUCAAGUAGAGGUGGGGAGAGGUUGCCAUGUACACUGGAAGAGGCAGCUUUAACUCCUCUAGUCUUCUGGAAAUUUAGGAUGCUAUGGCACCUCUGAUCCUGCAGGAUAUGAUUGGACUGGAUCACAGUAAGAAAAAGUCUAAACCUAAAAUGAGGUUUGCAUUCCCGCUUUCUUGUGUGUCCUUUUCCUUUCUCUCAUCUUUUGCCUUCAAAUGCGUUUGUCAGCCUCUGGUAAGAGGGGCAAAUGACUGAUGCUUCUGCAAGCAUCACAGGUUUUAGAAUGCGUGAUAAAACCACAUGUUAGAUCUGGUUUUGCAACAAGUUUCCAAGUGAAACUUGGCAUUGGUCACUAGUUGCAUUUUGUUGCAGUUCUUCCUUUACUUUACCUCUCUUACUACAGAUACACAUCUUGCUUUUUCAAAGCUGGAACUGAAGGGCGGCAGCAGCAACUGUGAACCAUUCAAGUUAAAUUUUUCUCUUCUUAAAGUCAAGUAAGGAUACUGUAUCUAAGGGAUGGGGAAAGGGGAUCAUUUACAUUUCAGAGAGUUAAUUUUUGUGGGUUAAAAUGAGUUAGAAAAAUGUUUAAAAUUAGUUGUUACAACACCAGAACCAGCAUUAAUUCAAUGCAGACACUUGUACUUUUUGAUGCAGAGACUGUGCUCUCCUUCCCUGAGUAAACAGUGGAGGGGGGAAUCUUGUUACUGUCUGUCUGUUUCUCUUGCUUUCUGCAAAAGGGAAAUGCUCAAUGCUGUCAUUCUGGUUUGCUUCACGUCAUUUGUUCCACUGCUGGGAGAGGCAAUUCCAGAGCCACUUUGAUGCCGAUUUAAGCUUUUUGUUUUAGAAGGAUUUUGUAGUGCAAGAGUGGGCUGAGUGACUCCAUAGCACAGGAGUCUGUAAAUGUUACUUCACCUGUGUGUAUUUUAACACUGCUCUUGUCCUGCUCUUGCAUGAAAAAAGUCUAGCUGUUGCUGUAAAUAAAGGGUGAAGCUGAAGACCACAUAGAA